AUGAUUUCAUUAUUAUUCGAGUUGAAAUUUUGCUUUAAUAAUCCAAAAAUUGCUCUUUUAGAAAUAGAAGGAUGCUAUUCAAUAAAAUCAAUUAAUAUUUUUUAAUUAUUCAUCCAAAUAAUAAUUUGUUUUAUUACAAAAAGUAGUUAAUCUAAUUUAAUACCUCCCAUAUUGAUGUUAUUAUCAAAAUUAACAUUAAUUUAUAAAUAAAUUCAUAAUUAUGAUUUCAACAGCUGGUAUAAUUUGUAAAUAGCAAAUUUUGUUAUUUCAUAUAUUUUAGUUUUAAUUGCGAAUUAAUUUUGGAAUGAUUUGGUUUUAAUACAUAUUUUAUUAUUAAGUCUUUUAAAAUGCCUCAGAUUAUAGAAACUACAAAUAGAAUCGUUUAAAAAUAAUUUUUAAAAUAUUAAUUUUUUUCAAUACUGGAGAUUCUAAAAUCGAGAAUUUAAAUCCAAUUUUAAAGAUUAUUCACUUUUUAUAGAAAAAAUAUCUGGAAAUAACUUUUCUAAAUAUGAGGAUUAUUUAAUAAAAGAAGGAUAAUUUGAGGAUAGAUUUCUUAUUAUAAAUCAAAUAUAUCAAUUUAGUAAAAUUCAAUAAUAUUUAUAUCUGAUAAAUAUAAAUAAGGAAAAACUUAAUUGGUUAUAAUAAGCAAAACUUGAAGCAAAUCUUAUGAAUACUCUAUAAUCUUCUAAAAAAAUCACAAACUCUUCUUUAUGUGUUAGAUUAUUUGUUAAAACACUUGAUCUAGAAUAAUAAUAUUAUUAGAUUCUAAUUAAUUUAAUUGAUUUGAAAAGUUAAUUUUAUAAUAGUUUAAUUAAAGAAUAAGCUAUUUAUUAAUAUCUCUAAAUAUUUAGAAAUCGAUUUAAUAAAAUAAUAUAAGCACUUUAAAAGUUUAAGGAUUUAUUUGAAAAGGAAUAUGAUCUUGAUUUAGGAAAAAUGAAAAAUUUUAAAAGCUUUGAUUUUAUUUCAACAAAUAUAAUCACUUUAUUUUCAUAUAUAUUUUAUGGCAAUUAUUUCAAAGUAAUAUAAUUGAUAAUUUUUAGUCAAAAGAACUUGAGAAAAAAUAAAAUGAAUUAUCAGCAUAAGAAAAGAUUAUGAAUGUAAAAUUAUAAAGAAGUAUUACUUUAUAUUUUUAUUAGAUGAGGCAUUUCUUAUAUCAACUAGUGCAAUUAGGGAUACUAAUAAAAUUAUAAAUCCUAAAAAUAAAAGAUUAAUAAAAAUUUUAGAAUAAGAAUAGGAACCCAAAUAUAUAACUGAUAUAUUACCUCAAUUUUAGAAAAUUGUUUAUAAGAAUUUUGUUAAUGAAUAUCUUUAAGGUGGUAUUGGUUUAAAAUAACCUUAUUCUUUGUAUUUUUUGAAAAAUAACUAUUUAAUGGAAUGUGAUUUAUUUAUUAAUUCAGAAUUAAGCAAAGAUGAUAUUGAACUUUAAAACUUUUUAAUAUUAAAAAAUUAACCAAAUCAUUUUUUGCUUUUUGAUAUUGAAGGCAAAAUUUUAGGUAUAAGUGAAGAUAUUUAUAUUUAUUUAAUUUAGAAAUCAGAAAAUCCUUUUACAAAAGUCUUGUAAAUUUAAGAAUUUAUAAAAUAUGGAAUGAUUCAAUAUUAUUUGCCAGAAAUAUAUAAACAUAUUUAAGAUUUAGCAGAAUAAAUUUCUUCAGUUUCUUCCUAAUAAAUUCUUAAUAUAUAAUCAAGAUGGGAUUUUCCUAUAAACCAUAAAAAAUGUUUAAAUUCUACUUUAAAUCUAAUUAAUCAAUCAGAAGAGCAUACUCAUAAAUCAAUUAAAAAAAAGCAAUUUUAUCCAUAAAGUUGGAAGAAAUAAUAAAGUUAGAUUGUUGAUGAAAAUAUUAGUAUUUAAAAUGUAUUAAUAAAAAUAAUGUAAAAAUAACUAACAUAAUAAAUACAAAAUCUUGUUGUACCUUCAUCUAGAAUGAAAAGUAUAGAAUUUGAGGGUACUUUAGAAUUUAUAAGAUUUCAAUGUAAAGAAGUAGAUGUUAGUUAUUUUUUAUUAAGAUUUAAACAAAUAGAAGAUUAUCAAUAAGAUAAAAGUUAAAAGAUUUUUGAGUAAACAUUAUUUUAUAAAUAAUUAAAUAUUGAUGAAUUAGAAUAUGAAGGUUUAUAAUUAGAGUAUGAAUUAAUAGAAAGAUAAAUAAAAAAGAAAACAUUGAAUAAUCCAUUAAAAUACAAUAUAAUAAUUCUCUUUUUUAUGAUUAUUACAACAACACUUGCAUUAAUUAUAAGUUAUACAUUAAAUUAAUAAUAGAAAAUCUAUUACUAAAACUUAGUUAAUUUUUUAGCUAUACCAUAAGCUCUUACUUAUCAUAUAGGAGCUGCUUUUAUUUUAAUGUGGAAUCAAUAUUGUAUACAAAAUAAAUUGUAUUAAACAAGUCCAUAUUUAGAAUAGAGAAGAGAAGAUAAAAUAAUUGAAUUAUUUAAAUUUUGGAAUCAAAAUCAUGAAGAAUAUACUAAAAAUAUUAGUAUUAAAUGUGAAGAAUUAGGAUACAAUAAUUUAAAUUUAAUUUAUUUUGAAAAUAACAUAAAAAAUUAAUUUGAAAUUGAUUACUAUUCGUUUUAUGCAAUAAUAAGAGAAUCAAUGGUAAGAUAGUUUAAAAAUACAAAUUUUAAUUAUAGUAAUACUUUUGAUCCUGGAAUAUUAUAAACAAAUGGAUUGGUACGUUAAAAUAUGCUUUAAAUUUAUAAGUUCCAUAAUUAUGUUUUAGAUGAAAUCAUAGAAUUAACUUAAUAGUCUUUUUAUUAAUUUCAAAAUAAAACAUUUUUGGUUUGUCUUUAUUCAUCAAUAAUAAUAUUACUCUUUCUAGUAAUGUUUAUAAUUAUUAAUUGUUCUCUAUUGAAAAAAUAGGCUCGACUUAUUCGUUUGUUAUAAUAUUUGAAUUUAAAAAUAAUUUAUGAUUAAAUUGAAACAUUGGCUGCAUAAAAAGAAAUACUUUAAAAAUUUUUACUAAUUUAAAAUAUUUAAAAAACAAAUCCUCUUACUUCAUAAUAAAACGAAAAAGUUCCUUUAAUUUAAUCUAAAUUGAAUCCAUUAAGUAAAAUAGAUAAUUAUGAUGAGAAAUAUCAUUUAUUACUAAUUCUUUCAUUAAUAAUUGGAGUAGAAUUGAUAUUUUUUAUUUUUGGCUCUUAAUUUAUAGCUGAAUUGAAUAAUAAUCAAUACGAAAACAGUUUAAUUUUAGCAAUGAAAUAUCUUAAUUUAAAAUCUAGACUAGAUUCAACAAUAAUAAUUGGAGAAGUAAUAAAAACAGAACAUCUUAUGAAAAAUAAUACUAAUAUUGAAUUAAUAAAUUAAACUGAACACAUUUUAUUCUUUUUUAACAAUAUUGAUGAUAUCACAAAUUUGUCUAAUAAUAUAAAUGAUUAACUUAUAACAGUAUCAUCUUAUAAUUCUUCAUUUUAACAAAAAUUAAUUGAUGUCUUUAAUGAUGAUCUAUGUCUUCAUUAUUAAUCUUUAUUAAAUUUCUGUAAUAUAGACAAUAUCAAAAAUCAAUAUUAUGAAAAUGAAAACUAUUUAACUUUAAUUGAUAAAGGAAUUUAUGGAAUUGUGUAAGAUUUAAACAAAUUAGCUAAACAAGAUUAUAAUUAUGAAUUUGUCAAUUUAAGAUAUUAAUAUAACUAAAGCCAUUCUGAUUACUUUCUUACUCUACCAAUUCACAAUCACUUAUUUUAAUAAUACUUUAUUGAAAUUGAAACAAGUAUUUACUUAUCCUUUCUUGAUAUCUUUAGUGAAACUUAGACCUUAAGUGAAAAACUAUCUAAUUAGAUUCUAAUCUAUUUAAUCACAUCUUCUAUUGUGUAAUCUUUAUUUAUUUAUUUUUUUAGCUUCUUUUUCUUAACAUCAUUCAUAGCUGGAUUUUGGAUUCAUAAACAAUAUAAAAGAUGUAAUUAAUUAAAAUUAAUAGCAACUUUAUUUCCUCCUGCAUUAAUAAAGUAAAAUAGUUUUUAUAAACUGUUAAAUUCUAAAUUAAAAUAAAUUUAAUGA